AUGCCUUAUUCAACUCUCUUCCGUUCGGAGGAGAUGUCCCUCAUCCAACUUUACAUACCGUCAGAAACAGCCCAGCCAACUGUGGCGGAAUUGGGAGAGCUGGGAUUGAUUCAAUUCAGAGAUUUAAAUCCCGAUGUAAAUGCAUUUCAACGCGCAUUUGUUAAUGAAAUUAGACGAUUUGAUGAAAUGGAAAGACACCUUCGUUUCUUUAAUGCUCAGGUUGAAAAGUCCGAUAUUCCAAUUCGUCCUUUAACCGGCGAUGUAUCUAGUGCACGUGUGAGAAAUGCUCAAGAGGUCGAUGAUCUCGAGGAAAAAAUAAGUGAACACGAACGUCAAUUAACGGAGGCUAGACAUGUGCUCAAAGAGACUGCUGUCUUCUUCGAAGAGGCAGUAUCUCGUCAAGAUAAUAUUCGUCAAUCUUUUGAUGAACCUAGCGUCCCUUUACUUGAUCAAGACGUUGAACAAGGCGCUGCUCCUACUACCAAUCAAGAAAAUGUAGGAUUUCAACAGAACCUCGGAUUCGUUACCGGUGUAAUCUCCAGAGCAAAAAUGCAAACCUUCGAGCGAAUCCUUUGGCGAGCUUUACGUGGUAACUUAUAUCUGAAUUACGCAGAGAUCGAUGAACCGAUUACUGAUCCCGAAACCGAUGAAACACUUGAGAAGAAUGUGUUUAUUAUAUUUGCUCACGGAAAAGAAAUUUUGAAUAAAAUAAGGAAAAUUUCAGAGUCAUUAGGUGCAACACUUUAUCCUGUAGACGAUAGUUCAGAUAAAAGGCGAGAAAGUUUAUUAGAGGUUACUGCACGAAUCGAAGAUUUAAAUUCUGUGCUACAAAAUACUAAUAAUACUAGGAGAGCUGAAUUGGUAAAGGUGGCUGAUGAUCUUACAGCUUGGAGUACUAUUAUUAAAAAGGAGAAAGCUAUUUAUCAUACAAUGAAUCUUUUCAACUAUGAUGUAAAUCGUAAAUGCUUGAUUGCUGAGGGUUGGUGUCCUAAAAAUGAUAUUAAUCAAGUCCAUCAAGCACUUAGGAAUGCAACUGAUGCUUCAGGUUCCACAGUGCCAUCCAUCCUGAAUGAAUUACGUACUACAAAAGAACCACCCACUUUCCAUCGUGUCAAUAAGUUUACGGUUGGCUUCCAAGAAAUUGUUGAUGCGUACGGUGUGGCUAGAUAUCGUGAAGUUAAUCCUGGAUUAUUUACCAUUAUUACUUUCCCGUUCCUCUUUGCUGUGAUGUUUGGUGAUUUUGGUCAUGGUAUCUUAGUUACGUUAGCGGCUUUAUAUUUUGUAAUCUUCGAGAAAAAGCUUGCUAAUUCUGGAAAGGGAGAAAUCUUUGAAAUGUUUUUUGGUGGUCGAUACAUUAUUCUUUUGAUGGGUUUAUUUUCAAUUUACACUGGGUUGAUCUAUAACGAUGUCUUUUCUCGAACUAUGCACUUGACAAAAUCUGGUUGGGAGUUUACAUUAGACCCCGAUAGUGGAAAAGAAAUUGGCAAGCAAACUGGUGUUUACCCAAUUGGUGUCGAUCCGGCAUGGCAUGGUACCGAAAACUUUUUACUGUUCACCAAUUCUUAUAAAAUGAAAAUGUCAAUAAUUCUUGGUGUUAUUCAGAUGAGUUUCGGUAUAUUCCUUUCAAUAUUUAAUUACAUUCAUUUCAAAAAAACUUUGAGUAUCUGGGCCGAAUUCAUUCCUCAGAUAUUAUUUAUGCAAUGUAUCUUUGGAUACCUGUGUUUUACGAUCAUUUAUAAGUGGUCCAUACCUUGGUACGAACCUGAUGCUAACGGAAAUCCAAGGAACAGUCCACCUGGAUUAUUAAAUAUGUUAAUUUAUAUGUUUUUACAACCUGGUUCCGUUGAAAAAGAUGUUGAGUUAUAUCCUGGACAGGGGACUGUACAGCUCGCAUUACUCUUAAUAGCUGCGGUCUGCAUACCUUGGAUGUUGUUUGUGAAGCCUUUCGUUUUGCGUCGUGAGUAUAAGAAAAUACGGGCACAGGGAUAUCAUAAUCCGCAAGCUGACGUUACACGUAUAUCUACAGAUGAGAAUAAUGAGCACGGCGGAGCAAUAGUAGCAGAGGAAAUGCAUGAGGAAGAAGAGUUUGAUUUCGGAGAGGUUAUGAUUCAUCAGGUUAUUCAUACGAUCGAAUUCUGUUUGGGUUGUAUUUCUAAUACAGCAAGUUAUUUACGAUUAUGGGCUCUGAGUUUAGCACAUGCUCAAUUGUCUGCUGUCUUAUACGAUAUGACUCUGAAGAAUACUAUAAAUUUUAAAGGAGUAGUUGGGUUUAUCUUACUCGUGAUAACAGCAGUCUUAUGGUUUGUUUUGACUGUUGGUAUCUUAUUGCUUAUGGAAGGAUUAUCCGCUUUCUUACACGCAUUACGUUUGCAUUGGGUUGAAUUCAAUAAUAAAUUUUAUGAAGGUUCAGGCAGAAAAUUUAUGCCUUUUUCAUUUAAACUUAUUUUAAAAGGUCAAGACGAUUAA